AUGCGUUUUGUGCCGCUACUCCUGAGCGCGCUGCUCAGUCUGGGCGAUGGAGACGUCGGGGAUUUCACGCCGUGUUUGAACUUCUUCUACCGUGCCCGACCACCCACAGGUAUCGCGGGGACUCCGAUCUGUCAACGCUACAGUAACCGCUACCACUUCGCCACGCUGUACAGCCGGGAGCGCCGCACGCCCUGGUUCUCCGGGUACGUGUUUUCCUGUCCGCACGGAAAGCGCCCCAGAGGAGAGUGGAAGUACGAGCCACAGCUAGCCAACUCCAAGGCUGGCGGCAACAUGGUCCCGUUCCCGACUCCACCUGCGAAAGUGGACCAGAAUGUAGUGGACAGCCAGGCUGUCCAGAAGGACUACACCAACUCCACCUACACACGUGGCCACCUAAACCCGAGCCAGCACCACAAUGGCACAGAUGUGCGUCGUGCCACCUUCACCCUCACUAACGUAGUGCCACAGAAGUCUGCAUCCAAUGACGGUCCCUGGGCCAAACUUGAGAAUCGCGUGAGCAAGAUCCUCUCUGAAUACUGCCUGGGAGAGGCGUACAUAGUGACUGGUGUGAUUCCAUAUGAAAACGACCACUGGCUGAAGGAUGAGGGCAGAGUGGCCAUCCCUGAGUAUAUGUGGUCAGCCUACUGCUGCCAGAACUACAGCCAAGAUCUUCCAAAGGGCCUGAAUGACAUCUUCCCAACGUUUGGAGCCAUUGGCAGGAACGAUCCAAACAGUACUCAGGAGAUUGUGCCAGUGGACCUGCACAAAAAGAAAGAAGAGCAGGGAUAUGAUGUUCGGUCAAUGUCGCUACCGAUUCUGGAGGGGUACUUGAAGGAGAAAUACAGGAUGUCGAUCAGUGUUUUUGAUCAGCAGUGCUCAAGGGCAUAACCUUCAGUCACAGCCAAAAAUCCUUGUGCAGAUCUUUAACCCUUACGUUCUGUUCUGUCUCAUAAGAUCUCAUUUGAGCGAACUGUUUUGUACAUAUAAUCAUAUGGAAUGCCAUUCAGUGUGAAUAUUAAGUACAUCAGUACUUACUUAAUUCAUUCAAUCAUUAUCAUCACAACAUCUCGUAAUUCCAUGAAAAAAAAUCUUUUUCACAUGACAAAGUGUUUGAGGAUUUUUUUAAGGAUAAAAUUAUAAAUGAAAUUAAAGUGAGGUGUAGCAGAUGAGUGCUCGGUCAGCUUAUCGUUCAAACUGUGGCCACGGGUUCUCUACAGUAGUGUGCAUCGAACGAACCGAAACGUGACCAUCACCAUAAAUAAUGUUUGUGUUGAUAAUUGCUUACUAAAGUAAAGAGAUGGACUGGGUCAGGACAUAAGGGUUAAAGAUAACAACUGUACACACAAAUGUAUACACAAGGUACUGUUUUACUAAAAAUUAUUUCACAGUUAAUUAGUUCUUUUGAAAAUUAUCGCUCUAAAGUUCGGUUAUUUUUGACAUCAGUUGAUGAUAUGGAUUAAGAGUGAUCAUCAAAUUAAUAAUUUUAGCGUUUUUAACUAAAAAAAUCAGUAAUAAUAUUAAUAUUUUGCCUAUAUUUGUUGAUGUUGAAAAGGUCUAAAUAAUGUACAUAAUAUAUUUAACUUUUUAUGAGGUCCCACAGUGGUAUUGUAUCUAUAAUUGUGUAGAAUUUUAAGCACUGGAUUAAUUGGUCUAUUCAUUUGCAACUUGCAGCACAGAAGUAGAAUUUUUUUUUUUAACAAAUAAAAAAUAAAUUAUUAUAAAAAUGAGUCUAGGUUUAGAUUCUACCAAUAGAUGUCAGCAUUUGGUUUAAAAAAAAUAGAGAGAGAGAGACUUUUUCUCAAUGCCAAAAAAUCUUGCCAGGUUUUUUUUUUUUUUGUGGAUACCGUAGCAAAAACUAAUUUUAAAAUGUAUUUAAGUUAUAUGAUAGUUUUAAGCUGUGAAUUCCUCUUUUAGUUUUUCUUUUGUUGUUUUUCGACAUGCUAAUCAGCACUUUCCACCAAAGCAAUUGAGGACUAUUUUUGCGGAAAUGGUGUUCAUUCCUUCAGUACAGUUUUAGAAACUUUAGAAUCAAUGCAGCUGAAGAUUGAAGCUGUUCAGGUGGCAUGUGGUGGCACAAACACCUUAAUAAGGCACCAUGUUGUUGUUUUUUCCCCCUUUGUCACCAACUGUACCUUAUACCUCAGGAUAAACUUUCUUAUACCUCAGACUAAUGUCUUACUUUUUUACUUUUUGUCACUUUAUGCAUGAAUGUUUGCAUUGUAAUCACACCCACUUUAAAAUUUUAAAAUGUAAUCAUCUAAUAAAAAUAUUAAAUCAU